UGGACAACAAAGUCAUCAUAUUCGCGUGUCUUUUCGCUGCUCUCAUCUUCGCCCCCUUAACUACAUCCACCGUGUCGACGUUAGACUCAUGCCCAGACCACUGCUACUGUUUUGUCGUGUCUCGCAACGCACCUCCGCCGACCGCACUCCUGUCAAGUUAUAUUCAAGCAAACGACUGGGAAGAAGGAAGCAAGGCUAUAGCUUGCUGGGGGCGGAAGGACAUUCCCCAACCGAUUUCACGAGAUAUCAAGUACUUGAUGCUGAUAGGGAGUCAGAAGCCGAAGCGGCGAAGACAGAAAGAUGUGCGGCUCGGUCAUCGGCCACGGAGCCUGAGAGGCAGUCUGAGCAUGCGACGGCCCCGGACCUACAUCAUUCCAGACCCGACACCUGUCCGUCGACGGAACAUCCGUUCAGUCCCACAGGGCGCCCUCAGUGGUCUUCGAGAGAUCAUCCAGAUUGACCUUCACGGAAACAAAAUCAUGGAGCUUAGUCCCACCACGUUCCAGGGUUUGUCUAACCUCGUGGUUCUCAACUUGAACGAGAAUCGCAUUAAGUCUCUGCAUACGGACCUCUUGCAUGAUGCACAUGCGUUGAGGACUUUCCUAGUGUCUGGGAACUUUCUGCGCUCUUUGCCAGAGUCCAUUUUCCGCAAUAACCGUCAAAUUGAGAGACUGGACCUUAGCGAUAACAUCCUGUGGAGUAUUGCUGAGGACUGUUUUCAGCCACUGGAUGCGCUGAAGUUUUUGAAUCUCUCGUACAAUCGCGUGAAUGAAAAGAAUCAGAUGAUCUUCACUGGAUUGUCUCAAUUGACGGAGUUGUACUUGCAAAGGAAUAAGUUCACCCGAAUAGACCCGACCCUGUUCUUAAGCAACACGCAACUGAAGAAAAUUGAUCUGAGUUUCAACCGGAUCAAGACGAUUGCGCCGAAUGCGUUUCAGAACCAACGCCUUUUGGAGUUUCUAGAUUUAUCCGGGAACUCAUUGACGUCUCUGAACAGUUUGGCAUUCCAAGGAGCCAAUGCUCUGAGGACGCUCGACCUGUCUUCCAACAGCGUGAACGAAAUCAUGGACGACGUGUUUACCAACUUGGCCAAUCUCACAAAAUUAAACCUGAAGGGCAAUAUGUUGCCAAACAUCACAGCUGACACAUUCGGCGAUAUCCCGAGUUUAUCUUAUCUCACACUAACCGACAAUAAUAUUUCCCGAAUCUCGUCAAACUCUUUGGCUGGUCUUGUGGGUUUAGAGUUCCUUGAUCUGUCCGGGAACAGUCUCAGGCAUCUUCAGGCUGGGGCAUUGCAAGGCCUUGCGGCAUUAAUGGAGCUCAACCUUGCAGACAACAAGCUCUAUAUCGUUGAACCCGAGGCGCUGAAAACGACACAAUUCUCCUUUAUGUCUCAGCUGACAUGGCUAAACUUACAGGGAAACCAACUUAUAGAGCUGCAGAGGGGUGUCUUCCGUGGUGCCCCAAGCUUAAGAGUUCUGACCCUUUCUAGAAACAAGAUCUUGCGCAUCGUACCUGAUGCCUUCAGCGGAUUCAACCGACUCCACCGCCUGAUGAUGAGUGACAACAACCUCAGAAGAUUACCCGAUGGUAUCUUCCGGCUUCUGAGGACCCUCGAAAUGCUUGAUCUGCGGAACAACAGCCUCACCGAGAUCUCGGACAAAGCCUUCCAAGGACUCACUGCCCUAAGCAACCUCAACCUUGCGGAGAACAAACUAACCAAUGACAAGAUGAAAUGGUUGAAAAAUAUUCGGCCGGUCCAAACCCUGAACCUUAACAAUAACCAGUUCAGCCAGAUGUCUUCAGGGGACUUCGAGGUUGCAGGGAAUCUGCGCUAUCUGUAUCUAUCCAACAAUAACCUGACCAAAGUCUCUGUCAGGAAUGAUUCUCGUCUCUACCUCUACAACCUCACUCUGUCCAAUAACCGUCUGACGGAGCUCAUGGACUUCUCACCGCAUAUUUUGCCAGGGAGGGUGUUGGACUUGGCUGGCAAUCCCUGGAACUGCAAUUGCCGAUUCGUCCGUUUCUUUACCGACAUGACCCGGAGGAACGGUAUCAGAUUGGACAAGGAGUACCAGACCAGGUGCAAGACGCCACGGCCGCUGGACGGUGUAAAGAUAAUGGAUCUUAUUCGAUCUGAUGUUCCAUGCAGAGGGGAUGAUCUUGUCGACGUACCAGCGAUUGCCGAUGCUACCUCUCCAAGUCCGACUUCAGUCCACGCCCCUUCAAUUCCUAACUACAUGGCAUUAGAUAGAUUGCGCUGGUCAUGGGUAGUUCUUAUCUGGGAUUCGGCCACGGACACCCCGAUUUGCAACGGUGCCUUGGUGUCACCAAGCUUUGUCCUCACUUCAUACCAAUGCCUCGCGCGAAUCACCAAGAUCGAGUCCUAUCUGCACCUCGUAUCAAGAUGCUCACGACCGCUUGAUGGUGACUGUCCGGACAAGGUUUGGACAGCGCCCUCUAAUCUGGAGAUAAAGGUUUCUGCUGGACAAGGCACACUGCCGAAGUUCAACGUGGUUGCAGAAACUUACCGCGUUCUGCGAAUCCACAGGGUGUUGCCGGAUGCAACCCCUGACGGCCCCGCUCCGGUUCUCCUGCAAAUAUCACCUUCGGUUGAUCUGCAAGGACCUGCGUCGGUCAUCGAUAUCCUGGAGGAGACACCAACGUUUGGAAACCUAGAUGGCAAGCGUGUCCUAGCAUCAGGGUGGUGGAUUGAUCGCUCAAAGGCACCGGAUGUGGUAGGACGGCAGAAGCGACGUCACUACCGGUUGACGUCAUUACAGUGCGGGUCGCCCAAUGAGGUCCACCAGCCCUAUCUCUGCGGACAUCUAGAGCAAGAUCUCGAAGACUACAAGGGCUGGGACAGUCUGGGGGCACCAGUGACGAUAAGGGAACGCAACCAAUGGAAAAUCGUUGGCAUCCUGGUGAAAAAUGAGGAUGGUGUGGGCUUUAUCAAAGACGUUAGACAGGACAGGGAUAAGAUUAAUCAGAUUAUUGCCGAAAGGUCUCCUUUGGAACACGUGACACACCCUUACUAGUUCUGCCAAAGACUUUAUACAUACAGUCCUGAACAUUUGAUUUUUUUACUUGUCAACGAAAUUCAUGUAAAUAUUGUUGCGUAUUUAAAUCCAAAAUGUAUGUGAAGCAUGGAAAGACGUAGCUGGUAGGUUUGUUUAGUCCUCCCCCACCUUUAGACGUCAUCAUCUAAAAAAAAAUCAAAAAAAAUCUACUUUUUCAUCUAUAUAAUCAUGGUGUAUAUAGAAAUAGAAUAAAAUUACCGUUGAUAUGGUAUGUUAUGUAUUUUAACUUUGUUUAAUUUCGUCGGUAUUUGUUACCUAUAAAUUGUAAAAGACCUUUAAUGAAAACAGUUUUGAUACUGAGAGAGUUACCCUGUUUAUAAAUAAAACGAAUACAUAAAUAAAUGAAUAAAUACAAAGUUUAUAUCACUCUCUCUCUCUCUCUCUCUCUGUAUCCAACCCUUUUCUCUUAAUCAUGGCUAUUAUGCCUAUCUCCAGGCACGUGCCCCCCAA